AUGUCCUUCCCUGAAUUAACAGGAAAUACCUUCCCUCGCUUUGGUACAACCGGCUUUGGGGAGGCCAUGGACGCUGACGCGGAGACUACUUUCUCUAUUCGGAUGCAACCGAAACAAGGCCGACCCGGAAGUAACCUGGAUCAUGAAGUGCGAUUGAGUCUGAAGAAUGCCAUGGUGAAAUUUAUUACUCUGACUACGGUGCAAUCAUAUCUUGGUCUCGAAGAUGUCUUCCCUAUCUGGUUGCCAAGCAUUUACGUCAUAGUCAUCGUGGCCACUCUCAUCUACCUCGGGACAUCUGUAUAUCAAUCUGGGAACUCGCCCCGAGCCAACACACUGGACGGAGGGAAGAACGUGCAUAGCAGUGUUGCUGCUCUGCGACAAAUCAUUUUGAUGCCGAUGCAUGGAUGCUUCUCUCUCAUGGUCAUCAAUCAAGGAACGCAUUUCCUCCAUUUGCUGCAACGAAAGGCCAUCCUCUUCCCCUUCAACCUCGAUGUAGACACCACGCAUAUUCACCUCCUCUUUGAGGCGACGGAUAGCUCCUUCGCUCAUAUACCUGGCGCAAUUCUUAUGUCAGUCUUGCUUUAG